ACUUCUGAUAGUCUGCAAGGUUUCAUAAGUCAUGCUGCAGUACUCAACGCAUUUUCAGCUACCGCUUCUCCCCAAGCUCCUCUUUCGACUCCCCGGUCACUCCGCAGCAAUCAAAAGGCUCAUCAAAGCGUUGUCACCGAAGCUGUAGAAGUGAGUGACGGAGAAGAACCUAAGCACAUCCCAGAUCGUUCUGAAAACCUCCUAGCAAAAGACCUAAGAAGCUGCAAAGAUAUCCCACCUCAAUCUCUAAUUGCACCCUUACCUUGGAAACAAUGGGAUCAUUUUUGCCGUGUGGUGGCACAGAUCAAGCAUGUGAACCACAUAACACCUUCUCAACACGGGUUCUCCAACAAAUGGCUCUUGCAACUAGCGGAGCCUCAGCAGUGGACAUCCUUUUAU